AUGGCCAACUUCGCUGCUCAGAUCAAGGACAAGUUGCUUGGCCUUGUAGACCGUGUCACCGGCGCGGGCUUUGGCCGUGCCGCCGGAGGCAAGGACGUACAAGACCCCACUAAGCUGCACACCGUCCAGCGCGUUGCGGUUAGAUCGCGAGCAGCAGAACCCGUCGUGGACGGAGGAUCGUCCGCGGGGCCCAACUAG